AUGGCUUCUCCAUCACAAUAUCGACUGUUGCACGGGAAAGGCCAGUCAUCUCUCUCCCUUCCGGCUGGGAGCUACAUCUACUCUCUGUGCCAGAGUGGCAUUGAUGCGCUUGCUGCGAUCUCAUCAGAUAACUCGCUGCGACGCUUUGAUCGCGAGACAUUAAAGGUCCUCCCGAAUGGGGUGUUCGCAAACAUUCAUCCUGGUAAUAGCGGUGGGGUGACCUGUGUCUGCGAAGUUGAUCCCGUUGUUGCUGAAGGGAAAACUUUGGUUGCUACCUCCGGCAGAGACGGGACAGUGAAACUGUGGGAUUCUAGGGAUAAAAGAAGAGAUGCAGUUCUGACGGCCACUUCAGCUAUCACCGUUCGUGCGAGGGACCCAGAAGUGACUUACCGCGCCAACCCUCCCAUGCAUUUUACUGCACUUAACAUCUACGAUACCACAAUUUCGGAUGAAGACGAGGCUCUUCUACAGGUUGUAAACCAUGGAUCCAUACAUCGAGCCGGUUUCCUGGCGGAGCACGCCAUCUACGCUCUAAGCCAUGACGAGGUUUUCUCGAUCCACCCUUUCAACAACCCCGACGAGAACGCUGUAGAGCCCGCAGCUAUUCAGUUUGGCGAUCUCCGUCCUGUACUACAGAGCGAUUAUGUGGCGCAAGUUCUCCAUGGGCGUGGGGGCGCGUUUGUGGUAUCUGGGAAAACGAGUGAACAACGACUCGACCUCACGCCCUUAGUUUCGUCACCCAAAUUUGACCUCGACAUCGGGGGUACUUGGAGGAUUCCAGAUGCUCACGGCGAAGAAAUCGUUCGAUCGGUAUUUCUGGAUGAUAAUUCGAAUACCAUUUUCACAUGUGGGGAGGAUGGAUACGUGCGAUCGUGGAAGCUUGAGGAAGGACGUCAAGAAGAGCUGUCUAAGCCAUCCACCAAGCGCACUCUCCCAGAGAAUGUCCACACGAAAAAGCAUCGAUCGAAAGAUGGCGCCCAUCGGGAGAAGCGACGUAAGGACCGCGGCUUCAAACCAUAUUAA